AUGCGAAAGAGGUUUGUAGCGCGACUUCUCGCUUUCGUUGUCGCCGUUAUCAUCGCAGUCGCCCUUAUUCACCGCUUUCGGCAAAACGCGGGAUCGGAACGAAUCGAAACAACUCCACCGGUCAGGGUUCAGAGAAGAAGUCUAAUCGAGAAAUCGGUACUACUUCGUUAUGGCGACACCGACCCGCUCACCAUCUUCUCGGCCUUCAGCCAUUCUGAUCGAAUCACCGUCAUUCUUGCUGCCUACGGCUAUUUGAUGCGUCGUAUAUUCUGUCGUCUGUUUGAUGAGGAAAUGCAGGAAGUGUUGCCAGCUGGUCAGUCAGUCGUCUUUCCAGAGUUUACAGUACGGUGUCCGCCGAGUGACAAAGCGCGAUUCGUGGCCUUGUCUUUAAACGCCGAUGACCGCGUACCACAGCAAGAUAUGCACGGAAUUCGGGUUGAAAAUAAAGGUGAGAAUCUAAUGGAGCUCUAA